GGGCGCUUGUGCGAUGAUGAGCGCCAUUCCUCGACGCCCACUAACCGAGCAGUGAACGUUCUCUCCCACCUCCGAGAGUCUGUAUAUCUCUCGUCUGGGGCUCGAACAAUCCUUGAUACCGGCCCUCACUUUCUAUGGCAUCAUCUGCAGGCGACGAGCGCUAUGACUACACUGAAGGCGCCUCAUCCAUAGACAUCCAGCAAGUCUUGACGGCAAAUGCGAGAGGAAGACGAGAUUCUAGAUAUGGGGCAGACGGCGAAGGGACGAUGUUCGACGGGCCGGGUCACUACGUGAACCCCAGCAGUGUCUCGAGGAUGUCUCUCGACCACCACCGGCGAAGCAGCGACGCUUGGUCCCGAACGUCGAGGUCGCGUAGGAGAAGCGAGGACCAGAACGGCAGUCCUUCCGGGGCCAGUCAGCACCGUAGCCACAGCAAGACCUCGUAUGGAUCCGUCGAAUUAGGCGACGCAGACUCUGCUGGCGAAGAUGAGGGUGAGCCAGAGAACCAUGGUAUGUCCCGGAGGCGUAGAGCGAGUAGGCCCUCGUCUCCCCCUCCACAGAAGCACGGCGUUCUCGAGAACAUCGCGAGUAUCUUCACCAGGAAUGCUCCGCUGACAGAAUCACCGCCUCGUAGUCGCCGCCCGUCAGUCGCGAGCCGCACAUCCAGAACGAGACUUCUCCGGCGACAUAGCAGCAGGCGCUCGGAAGCCAGUUCUGACUACGCUGUCGAAUCUGAGGAUGAGGGAGACAGUAGAUGGGGCUACUCUUCCGGUGAAGAAGACGAGAGCGAAGUCUCCGAGGAUGUAGACGAGCUGCGCGCUAUGGCGAGCGGCAGUGAGCUCGACUUUGGCUCGUAUCCCCCGUCACCGACCGGCGGAACGGGCCUACCCCUACUGGCCGGUGACGAUAUCUUCGGCGGGGAGACCAGACUAGAGAUGGGCGACUUUGAGGUGAUGGACCCUCCACCUCCCGGGCCGCCCAGCAGACAAGUUAUCCAUUUAGCGGACGAAGACACCGACAUACGCCUCAUUGGGUUCGACAUCAUCCCAUGGCGCCAGUGGGCAUGGACAGCUUGCUGCGUGCUGAGUUGCGGUAUCUUGGCGCUGCUUGGACAUUGGUUCCCUCGACUGUGGUUGCAGUGGGUCGCCCAGGAGAAGGCAUUCAAGGAUGCGCACCAGGGCUUCGUCGUCGUCGAGACUGUAUACAGAGAUAUCGCCUUGAUCCAACUGCAAUCACUAGACUAUCCAUAUGAACUUUCGACGGUAUUCAUCACCCCUGUUGAUCCUAAUGCUCGCCUUCCACUGUCGAGACGGUCCUCGCAUACGCAACUGCAGAACGGGGAUGGCGACGCUUCUCAGAAGCUUGGCAAUCUUCUGGUUGUCGAUUACCGGUAUACGCGCUUUGCAUUGGAUCCUCGUACAGGUCUGUUCUCUUCAGUGAAAGAGUGGCGAGAUCCGUUCUGGACUGGUGUCAAGUCUGUUCAGCACGGCUUACCCACCGACGUGCAAAUGCAACGACGCACGCUCUUUGGUCUCAACGCCAUAGAAAUAGAAGGGAAAUCUACGAUCGCGCUGCUAAUCGACGAGGUCAUCCACCCAUUCUAUGUGUUCCAAAUAGCCAGCAUCGUCUUGUGGUCCCUGGACGACUAUUAUUACUACGCAUUCUGUAUCCUCCUUAUCUCAGCUAUUAGCAUCACUACUACUCUGGUCGAGACCAAGAAGACGAUUUCUCGCAUGCGAGAAAUGUCCAGGUUUUCAUGUCCCGUCAAUGUUUUCGUCGACGAUGGAUGGGUAGAGCGUGAUUCGUCAACUCUGGUUCCUGGAGAUAUUGUCAACUUGGUCGAUCCUCCUUUGCCUGUCCUGCCUGCUGACAUGUUCCUUUUGUCGGGCGAUGCCAUCGUUAACGAGAGUAUGCUUACGGGCGAAAGCGUACCGGUAGGGAAGAUACCUGUCAAGGACGCAGACCUUGCUCGGUACAAGGACGAUAAAGACAUCACUGGCGAUAGCGCAAAGAGCUUCCUAUAUUCAGGAACGCGCGUGGUCCGUGUGAGAGGGUCUUUGGCUGCUGACGGAAGCCUCAGGACACCUGCUCUAGGUCUUGUGGUGAGGACCGGGUUCAAUACCACGAAGGGCGCCUUGGUUCGCUCUAUGUUGUUCCCGAAGCCGAUGGGAUUCAAGUUCUAUCGCGACUCCAUAAGGUUUAUAUUGGUUCUGACCGGCGUUGCUGGGUUGGGCUUCUGUGCCAGCGCUGUCCAGUUCAUCAGAUUGGGUGUCCCAUGGCACACCAUACUCAUUCGAGCGCUGGAUCUCAUUACGGUGGUCGUACCACCUGCUCUCCCAGCCACGCUCUCCAUAGGAACAAGCUUCGCAAUCGGACGACUUCGCAAACUAGGCAUCUUCUGUAUCUCUCCAAGCCGCGUCAACGUCGCCGGCCAGAUCAAUGUCUGCUGCUUCGACAAGACCGGCACGCUCACAGAGGACGGACUCGACAUCCUCGGCGUACGGGCCAUCGAGCGCAAUACGGGCCGCUUCGGCGAGCUGCUUGAGGACAUCCACGACUUGCCGCACAGUCAGGACAGGGCGAACUUCCUGUACGCAGUCGCGACCUGCCAUUCACUGAAGAAAGUCGAUGGAGAAGUCAUUGGCGACCCGCUUGAUGUCAAAAUGUUCGAGUUCACCAAGUGGACGUUGGAAGAAGGCGACGUCGCUGGGACUGGUGUCAUCAAGAGUCGCGCUGGAGGUGGUCGCCCGGCUGCUCUGGUGCAGACGGUUGUACGCCCCCCUGGGAGCGCGCAAUUCAGAAUUGAGGACGCGAUGAAGGGUGGUAGACAUGCACAUUUCCUGGAAUUGGGUGUAAUUCGCACAUUCGAGUUUGUCUCUGCUCUACGCAGAAUGAGCGUCGUCGUGAAGCGGCUGAAGAGUAACAGCAUGGAGAUCUAUGUCAAAGGCGCUCCCGAGGUCAUGGCAGACAUUUGCGACAAGGAUUCAUUUCCGCAAGACUACGACGACCUCUUGUCUUACUACACAAAGCGCGGAUAUCGAGUCAUUGCUAUUGCCGGGAAGAGUAUCGAAGGGUUGACUUGGUUGAGAGCGCAGAAGCUCAAGCGGGAGCAAGCUGAGUCUGGCCUCCGUUUCCUCGGCCUAGUCAUCUUCGAGAAUAAGCUCAAGCCCGGGACAACGCCCGCCAUACAAGCUCUACGUGCUGCGCACUUCACAUGUCGAAUGAUCACAGGUGACAACCCCCUCACUGCUGUCAGCGUAGCUAGGGAAUGCGGCCUCAUCAAUCCCGCUGCGCACGUCUUCUCGCCGUUCUUCAUUCGAGGUAACGCAACGACGCCUCUAUCGAAGCUGAGGUGGCCUUGUACGGACGAUCCUGCCUGGGAACUCGAUGACUACAGCCUCAAUCCUCUACCGCCUCCGGCACACCAUACAGUCGACGAGGGCGAGCUUGACUACCAUGAUUAUACACUGGCGAUCUCCGGAGACGUAUUUCGCUGGAUGAUCAACCACGCGCCUCUGGAGACCCUUCAGCGUAUGCUCGUAAAGUGCCAGGUGUAUGCACGGAUGUCGCCCGACGAGAAGAACGAGGUUGUCGAGCGACUACAAGGUCUGGGGUAUACCGUCCUGAUGUGCGGUGACGGUGCAAACGACUGUGCUGCACUUAAGGCGGCGGACGUCGGAUUGUCGCUUUCAGAAGCAGAAGCGUCUGUAGCGGCGCCAUUCACAAGUCGGACUCCUGAUAUCCAUUGUGUACUUGAAGUGAUCAAGGAGGGUCGCGCAGCACUCGUGACGAGCUUCAGCUGCUUCAAGUACAUGGCUCUGUAUUCUUUGAUCCAAUUCACGACUAUCACGUUGUUGUACUCCUUCGCGUCGUCUUUGGGUGACUUUCAGUUCUUGUACAUCGACCUGUUCAUCAUCAUUCCCAUUGCUGUCACGAUGGGUCGAACUGCACCCUUUCCGAAGAUACAUCCCAAGCGUCCAACUGCUAGUCUAGUCUCCAAGAAAGUCUUGUCGAGCCUUGCCGGUCAAAUUAUCAUCACGUCAGCCUUGCAGUUCUGGGCAUUCUUCUGGGUACGACGGCAGGAAUGGUAUCAGCCGCCACCUCCGAACGAUCCCAGCGCGGAUGACAACAAGCUGGAGGCGACGAACUUCGAAAACUCCACGCUGUUCUUGGUGUCGUGUUUCCAGUACAUCCUGGUGGCAGCAGUAUUCAGCAUCGGACCUCCGUACCGCCGGCCGAUGUGGACAAACGGUCUUCUCAUAUUGUCCAUCAUCGUUCUGUCGCUGUUCAACAUGCUGGUGCUGUUGGCUCCCCCGCGUCCGAUUGCCAGCCUCUUGGAGCUCGUCCCCUUACCCUCGUCUGCACGGACAUCUAUCCUGGCCAUGGUCAUCGUCAACAUUGCGCUGUCCAUGGCGUACGAACAAUGGGCGACGCAGGCUGUGUCGAAGAUUGUUGGGUAUAUCAUGGAGCUUCGUCAGCACCAACGUGUGAAGAACGGCAAGAUGUACAAGGCUGUCGAGGGGGGCAUGCGAUGACGGCGGCGAUGUCUUUGCAUUGAUGAGAUCCUGCCACUGGCCCGUACGUGCACCGCGCCGAGCAGUGCCUCUGCGUCUCUUUAUCGUAGGGGUGAUUGACGGUAUGUUAUGUGUAGUUGGCUUUAUUGUUCAGUUCAUUGCUAUCGUACAGUGGUGUCUCGACGUUGCUGUCUCGUGUGUCGGUAUUGAAGGAGAAUUCGACCGACCACCUAACGCCAAAUUGUUUGGGCCUUCUUGACC